GGGACAACAGGACCUGCCACAUGCUGUCACGUCUACUAAAGUUAUGUAAUAGUUUUAUUUCCCCUCUUGUUGUCCUCAGACUGCAGACAUGUCUGCUGCCAGCUGUCAGCUGACUGAGGAUCAGUUCCUGUGCUCCAUCUGUCUGGAUGUGUUCACUGAUCCAGUCACCAUACCAUGUGGACACAACUUCUGUAAAGCCUGCAUCACUCAACACUGGAACGUCAAUGUCCCCGAUCAGUGUCCCAACUGUAACCAGCGUUUCUCCAGGAGACCUGAGAUGAAGGUCAACACCUUCAUCUCUGAGAUGGCUGCUCAGUUCAGACAGGCAGCUCAACAGGAAGCCAGCAGCAGCAGCUCAGAGCAACAAGCUGCCAAACCAGGAGAAGUUCCCUGUGACGGCUGCACUGGAACCAAACUGAAGGCCCUGAAGUCCUGCCUGGUGUGUCUGGAGUCCUACUGUGAGACUCACCUGGAGGGUCACCUGACAAGACCAGGUCUGAAGAGACAUCAGCUGAUGGACCCCGUGGAGAACCUGGAAGGCAGGAUGUGUCUGAAGCAUAAAGAUAAACCUCUGGAGCUGUUCUGUCAGACCGACCAGACGUGUGUCUGCAUGCUCUGCACUGUUCUAGACCACAAGAACCACGAUGUAGUUCCUCUGGAAGAAGAAUAUGAAGGAAAGAAGGCCGAGAUGAAGAAGACUGAGGCUGAAACCAAGGAGAUGAUCCAGAAGAGACGCCUGAAGAUUCAGGAGCUCAAACACUCGGUGCAGCUCAGUGAGGAACAAGCAGACAGAAAGAUAGCAGGUGGUGUUCAGGUCUUGACCGCUCUGAAGGAGUCUGUUGAGAGAAGCCAGGCCGAGCUCAUCCUCACGAUCAAAGAGAAGCACAGAAACACAGAGAAACAGGCUGAAGGCUUCAUCCAAGAGCUGGAACAGGAACUCUGUGAGCUGGAGAAGAGAAGCACUGAGGUGAAGCAGCUCUCACGCUCUGAAGACCACCUCCACCUCCUCCAGAGCCUCAGGACCCUGAAGGCUGCUGCACCCACCAAGAACUGGACCGGAGUCAGAGUCCGUCCACCUUCCUAUGAGGGGACAGUGAUGAGAGCUGUGAAGCAGCUGGAGGAGACGCUCAGCAAACAGCUGAAGAAGCUGUUUGAGGGCGAGAUGAAGAGGGUCCAGCAGUCUGCAGUGGAUGUGACUCUUGAUCCUGAUUCAGCACAUCCCCACCUCAUCCUGUCUGAUGAUGGAAAACAAGUUAAAUAUGGUGAUGUACAGAAGAAUCUUCCAGACAAGCCAGAGAGAUUUAAUCCUUGUGCUGUUGUCUUAGCAAAGCAGAGUUUCUCUUCAGGAAGAUCUUACUACGAGGUUCAGGUUGAAGGAAAGACUGUGUGGACUUUAGGAGUGGUGAGAGAGUCCAUCAACAGGAAGGGAGUCAUCACACCGUCUCCUCAGGAAGGUUUCUGGACGAUAUAUUUGAGGAAUGAGAAUGAGUACAAAGCUCGUGUUGACCCUACAGUCCGUCUCUCUCUGAGGUCUCGGCCUCAGAAGGUGGGGGUGUUGGUGGAUUAUGAGGAGGGUCUGGUCUCCUUCUAUGACGUAGAUGCUGCAGCUCUUAUCUUCUCCUUUACUGGCUGCUGCUUCAAUGAGAAACUCGUCCCAUACUUUAGUCCAGGUCUUAAUGAAGGAGGUCUUAACUCUGCUCCUCUGAUCAUCUCUCCUGUCAACCACACAGAGUAGAACUACCACUGGAUUCCCUCCAGAGAGAUCCACUAAUAUUAAUGUAACAUCUAUAAUAUUGGUUAUUUACGCUGUAAACAUGAUUAUUUUUCACAUUCUAAUCCAUCGGUAAUUACUUUUUGUCUGUAAUUUUUUUCUAUAAUUCGUCAUAACUCAGACACACAGAUUUAAGGCCACUGAUUGAUAUUAUCUAAUGUAGUCUAAUUAAUUGUAAUAACUGCAUAUAUGUUAUUAUAGACUGUUGAAUAAUCCACAAGAUCCAGUAGUGCAGUAAAGUCAUGGAAGAGCGGCACUGUCGUAACCCCUCCAGGAUCACCCAGUCGUAACUAGGGAUGGGUAUCGUUUGGUUUUUUUCCGAUACCGGUGCUAAACCGGUACUUUUAAAACGAUACCGGUGCCUAAACGGUGCCUGAACCGAUACUUUAUUUUAAAAACGCACAAUGAGGACAUUAAAAACCUCUUUGGCCAUAUUCCCUGUAGAAGCCGUUAUCAUGGAUCACCGACACACAACGGAUAUCAGACUGUUAACAUACACAAUACAUGUUCUCCAUGAUAUGUGAUAUGUGUGUAUAUAUUAGGGCUGUCAGCGUUAACGCGUUAAUCUAUGCGAUUAAUUUAGCCGCGUUAACACACUAAAAUAUUUUAACGCAAUUAGCGCAAAUUAUUAUUUUUUAUUUUUUAUUUUUAUAUACUUUAUCAAUCCACAAGGGGAAAUUAGUUCUCUGCAUUUAACCCAUCCUUAGUUAUUAAGGAGCAGUGGGCUGCAGUGAUGCGCCCGGGAAGCAACUGGGGGUUCAGUGCCUUGCUCAAGGACACUUCGACUUGCUUCCGGUGUUCGUUGAAGUUUUUACACUCCUCUGAGUGUCAAACCGCGGUAGUACGGUUUGACACUGUUUCCGUUUUUAAAACAAUUAUUUCUCCGCGAAAAUAAGGAGCAUAAAUGAGUUUAACUCGUGGAUGAAUCAGUCAGGUUUCCUCCUGCUCCUCCUUCCUCCCGUCUCCCCCUCUGAGACACAGAGGAACGGAGGGGCGACGUGUCGGGGGACGCGGCGCGGAAAGAACUCGUCACACGAAACCUUCACCGUGAUUGGGCAAUCCGUUUGACUGUCAACAUUUCGGGGAAAAAACAACCAAUGAACACUCAGUAAAUCACAAAGGACCUCCCACCUCACAGGUUAGGCUCAUUUAGCAGCCUGUCAGUCAGAGAGCAGAGAACACGGCACCAGGACAACUGAGCCUCAUUGAAUAGAGCUGAGAUUGUUCUGGAAUGUUUGAUGUAGAACACGUGGGGGUGUGUCACAUACAAAAGACUUUAAACGGUGAAUUUAAUUUAUUUUGUAAAAUGUAUAAAAUGCCCCCAGCCUCCAGAGGGUUAACGUGACAUAUGUGAAUGUCAGUCAGUUACCAAGGCCACUGGUUCUGCUGCUGUUCAGUGUUAAAGAUGACAGGACCAAUGGGGUCUCAAUAUAUAUAUAUUUUUUACUAAUCUGAUGUUUCACUGAAGAAACAAUUUAUCAUCCACGAUAUUAAAUACCUCGCUGGCACUUUAUAUGUAGGAGCCUCUUUGAAAACACAGCUCUGUGUGAAGUUUUGUCUUUAAAAAGAAGGAAACAACUUUUAAGCGCGAUUAAUCGCGAUUAAUUAAUCGCAAUUUCAAAAUGUGCGAUUAAUUAGUUACUUUUUUUUAAUCGAUUGACAGCCCUAGUAUAUAUAUACAUAUAUAUAUAUAUUGUCAUGUGCAGACGUUAUAGGGUUAAUCCUGUCACUGUUUUGAUGGGCAAAAAGAACAACCAAUCAGAGGUACUGAAGAUGACACGUGACAAAUAAAGUUUUGCUUCUGACAGCGAGAGUUACACUGAAACAAAGUGACGCCCCACGGUCUUUAUUCCUCCGUCAUUAUAUUCCCGGUAACACCGUGUAUACAGCCGGGACCGCUGUACAUCAACACAUCUGCUAGCAGACUGUCACGCUCGUAGUACGUAGCUAGCGCUAGCUAUGAGCUAGCUUAAGCAU